AUGUACGCACCACUUGAAUUUGAAGACGCUCACUACUCACAAAUUGAAUAUCAAAGAAAACAGCAGCAAUAUUGGGACUCCAUUCGGCUUGCUAUUUUCACUUUAGCAAUUGUAGCAAUCAUAGGAAUUGCAAUUGGUAUCGUUGCUCAUUUUGUUGUUGAGGAUGACAAAUCAUUCUAUUUUCUUGCAUCUUAUAAAGUCACCAAUAUAAAGUACAGAGAAAAUUAUGGGAUAAGAACCUCCAGAGAAUUUGCAGAAAGAAGUCAUCAAAUUGAGAGAAUGAUGUCAAGGAUAUUUCGACGUGAUUUUCCUGGAAGCAGUCGUUUUAUCAAAUCUCAUGUUAUAAAAAUAAGCCCAGAUGAACAUGGCGUGAAUAUUCUUGUGGUGCUCAUGUUUCGAUACCCAUCUACUUCUAGUACUGCACAAAUUAAGAAAAUUAUUGAAAACACUUUUUAUCAAAGUCUGAAGAUAAAACAGUUGCCUUUGACUAUAAGCAAACCAUCAUUUACACUUACAUCUAUCGAUAGCAAAAAGAUGAGAAAUCUUCUUAACAGCCGUUGUGGAAUAAGAAUGACACCUUCAAAUAUGCCAUUACCAGCAUCGUCUUCUACUCAAAGGAUUGUCCAAGGAAGGCAAACAGCCAUGGAAGGAGAGUGGCCAUGGCAAGCCAGUCUUCAACUCAUUGGGGCAGGUCAUCAAUGUGGAGCCAGUCUCAUAAGUAACACUUGGCUGCUUACAGCAGCUCACUGUUUUCGCAGGAAUAAAAAUAGUCAUCAAUGGAUAAUUACUUUCGGUACAACUAUAAUACCACCUGCAGUGAAACGAAAUGUGGGGAAAAUUAUCAUUCAUGAAAAGUAUGAUAAUAAAACCAAUGAGCAUGAUAUUGCUUUGGUUCAGAUGACUUCCCGAGUUGAGUUUUCCAAUGUUGUCCAAAGAGUUUGCCUACCAGAUUCAUCUAUAAAAUUGCGACCCAAGACAAGUGUAUUUGUUACAGGAUUUGGGUCCAUUGUAGAUGAUGGGCCAAUACAAAAUAAUCUUCGGCAAGCCAGAGUCGAAACCAUAAGCACUGAUGUGUGUAACAGAAAGGAUGUGUAUGAUGGUAUGAUAACUUCAGGAAUGUUAUGUGCUGGAUUCAUGGAAGGAAAAGUAGAUGCAUGUAAAGGUGAUUCAGGUGGACCUUUGGUUUAUGAUAAUCGUGACAUCUGGUACCUUGUUGGUAUAGUAAGCUGGGGACAAUCUUGUGCUCUUCCCAAAAAACCUGGUGUCUACACAAGAGUAACUCAAUAUAGAGCCUGGAUUGCUUCAAAAACUGGCAUCUAG